CAUCUGAUUCUGGGAAUGAAAGAACAAGAGAACAAGAAAGACCCCGAAGAGAUAUAUACUAGUAUUAAUUCAGAUGAUCUUCGACGACUUAAAGGCAGGAUGAACCGUGAAGAUGCUGCAGCGAGCCUUGGCGUUAGCGUAUCCACAUUUAAACGCAAAUGUAGGGAUUACGGGAUCAAUCGGUGGCCACAUAUUAGGAAAAAAAAAGUCGGGAGACCCCCCGAUCAACAUGGAGAAGGAAAUACAUCAACCGCAUGCGAGACGCCAUCACAUCCUGUGCAAAAUGGGAUGGGGGGUGAACCGGUUGGUCAAAAUCAGGAGGCAAAUGUGUUACGACAAGAUUUUAUGGGAGGCCCAAUUGCUUUGAACAUAGAAAGUGGUUUAAUAAUGGUAGCGAGACCCCCUGAUCAACAUGUAGAAAAGAAUACAUCAACCGCAUGUGAGGUGCCAUCACAUAAUGUGGAGAACGAAAUGGGUUGUCAAAAUCCGAAGCCAAAUGAGUUUCAACCAGAUUCAUUUGAAGACCUAAACUUCCGGAAUACAGAAAUUGGUUCCAUAGCAGAGAUGCUAAGUGAUUGGGAUUUUCUAGCUUCAGAGGAAGAGCCUUCUCUGGAGGGACAUGUCUCUGGAUCUGUUAACUUGACAGUGGCUGCAUGUUCUGACCCAGCUCCGUGCCAACAUCCCAUGCCGACUUUUCCCGACACGAUGACUACGACGUCCCACAUGAUGCCUCAUCUCGCAGCGAAGGGAGAUAUGAGGUUUGUGACGUUGAAGGUAACAUACGGGAAGAAAAUAAUAAAAUUUCAGUUCCCUCUAAUGUCGGGAAUUAUUGAAUUGAAGGAAGAAGUGAAAAAGAGACUAAAGUUGGAGCUUGAUAGUUUCGACGUUGAGUAUAAAGAUGAGGAUGGGGACUGUAUUUUCUUAGGCUGCGACGAGGACUUGAGGAACCAUCUGCAACUUUUUAGCAAUCAAGUAAUCAGGCUAUUAGUCGUUGAUAGUGAUGCCAAUAUCGCAAAUUUUCGUUGAAGCUGUCGAUCAUUGAAGGGAAAAUUAACCGUAGGUAGGUCUAGUUUUAGAAGUAAAAUGACAUGGUUGUCACCAGUUCCAUGUUCUUUGUGUAAAGGAACAUUUCUUUGUAGUUGGUAAAUCACGUAAAAUCAUUGUCCUGCA